CCUGCAGAGGUAACGCAGGGUUCACUUCUCUUCUAGCCAUGGACCCAGCGCGGGCAGCGGAGGUGUCCGGGGUAGUGGCCGAGAAAAUGCAGCUCUACCGAAAGGAUGAGAGUGGAUGGAAGACGUGUCGGAGCGGCAAAGGAGUUACAAUUUCUUGGAGGCCUUCUACGGAAUUUCCUGGGAACCUGUACAAAGGAGAAGGAAUAAUAUAUGGCACCCCUGAAGAGGUGUGGAAAUUCUUAGCACCAGCAGAUAAUGGACUACGAGCAAAAUGGGAUGAUAAUGUGAAAGACUUUCAAGUUCUUGAAUCGAUCAAGGAUGAUCUCUUCAUAACUAGAACAAUCACACCAUCAGCUGUCAUGAAACUUAUUUCUCCUAGAGACUUCAUAGACCUGGUACUAGUCAAAAAAUAUGAUGAUGGGACCAUAUCAUCUAAUGCUACCUACGUGGACUAUCUACCUUGUCCUCCACAAUCAGGUUAUGUGAGAGGGUUUAAUCAUCCUUGUGGUUGCUUUUGUGAACCUGUUCCAGGGGAAACAAACAAGACCCAUGUUGUCAGUUUCUUUCAGACUGACCUCAGUGGCUACCUUCCCCAGAAUGUGGUGAACUCCUUUUUCCCUAAUAGUAUGGCUGAAUUUUACAAUAAUCUUCAAAAAGCAGUGAACAAACAGCAAGAAUGACCCUCUUCUCCAUGGAAAAACAUCCUGUUCAACCCAUUCAGGAACUGAAGUUGCUAGGACACAAAUGAGAUGGUGAACAGCAGAUCUCUGAUUGGGGUUCACAUUCUAAAACAAACAAACAAACAAACAAAAAAAGACAGGAGGAAAAAGAAGAGGAAGAAAGUGAUUUUGUUUUCCAUGACACCAGCCAUCGGCAUAUUUCCUUUCCUCCUCCACCUUCUCCAUAGCUUUCAUUUAAAAAAAAAAAAAAACAAGGAAAAGAAAA